AUGGCAGACGAUAUCUACGAACUCGACGUUCCUGGCACGGACCAACUUGUUGAUGUGCAUCACACAUUACAAGCAGCACACGCUGGCGGGACUAGUGACAUCGUCCUUAUUCCUCAGCCUACAGGUGCCGGUGGCGACCCUCUACGAUGGCAUCGCUGGAAGAAGUACUACCAACUUUUCCUCCUGGCGUUGUAUGCGUGCGCCUUUUCUUUUGGUGAAAAUACCCUCGGAGCUGCUUGGACAACAGUCUCUGAAGACACGGGGGUUAGCUUGACUAACAUGAACGGUGGAAGCGCCCUUAACUAUCUCCUUUUGGGAUUUGUAAACAUCUUUUGGAUCCCCAUGGCUAUGAAAGUCGGCCGACGGCCGGUCUUUCUAGCUACCACCGCCAUCUGUAUGGUUGCCGGUGUCUGGCUCGGGAAAUUCAACGGGACCGCAUCGUGGAUGUUGGCUAUGACGGUCAACGGAAUCGGCACCUCUGCCUACCAAGCCGUCAUCCAGCUGAGUGUGUUUGACAUGUUCUUUGUUCAUCAGCGAGGCAGGAUGUUGUCCGUAUACCUCUUCGGCCAGCAACUGGGCAGCAUCCUCGGGCUCAUCAGCGGUGGUAGCAUUGCAGAUGGUCCUGGUUGGCGAUGGUCUCAAUACAUUGUUGCGAUCAUUGAUGCCAGUGUGCUCGUACUCCUCCUUCUGACUUUCGAGGAGACUUUGUUCCCUCGGUUCUUGUUCAGCAAAGUCAGUGGCGCUGUUCCCGUCGGCCAGACAGUGAUCUUCCAACAAGGCUCCGACAGCAAAGCCCCGGGUGAUACAUUGACCCGCAGCCAAAGCUCAAGUGAGGUCGAAUAUGACACCGCACUGGAAGCACAGUUUCCCAAGCGAACAUAUCUCGAAAAGCUGAAGCUCUCGGUGUACUACCCGCAAGACCGAACCUCUUACUGGCAAUACUUCCGAAGACCUUUCAUCCUGUUCACCUUUCCAAAUGUGGUCAUCGCAGGGGUCAUUUUCGCCUUUGGAUGCACUGCCGGCAUCGUCAGCUUCAAUACUAUCUCCGAGAUCCUCACUGAUCCACCUUACAGUUGGUCCACGACCUCGACGGGCUUGAUCUUCUUUGCCGCCUUGGUCGGGAACUUUGUCGGCUGGGCCACUGGCGUUUUAGGCGAUCACGUGGUGAUUUUUUUCGCACGACGGAAUUCUGGCGUAAAGGAGCCCGAAAUGAGACUUUGGACUCUAUGCCUAUCCUUUGUCUACGCAGCCGCCGGCUAUCAACUGUACGGUUGGGGUGCCGAGUUUGGACUCCAUUGGAUGACAAUCGCUUUUGGGGUGGGCUGCAUGAUUGCUCACCAAGUAUCUGCCUGUUCGAUUGCCACGGCGUACGCCAUGGAAUGUUUCCCAGGGAUCGCCGGAGAACUCGUGGUUGUGUUGGCCAUCUGUUCAUCUUGCAUCAACUUUGCCAUCUCCUACUCGGUCCAACCAUUCAUUAUUGCGGCAGGAUACGGAUACACAUUUCUCUUCUUUGGAUUGUGUGUUUUGGCCUCCAUGGUUGCGGCUGUACCGACCUACAUCUAUGGAAAGGCAUGGCGACGGAGGAGGGCACCGCGUUGGCGGAAGUGGUUGGCGGAGAGGGAAUCUUGA